AUGAGCUCGUCUCAAUCUCCUCCCGAGUACGAGGAGGUCAUUACAUCCGAGUACAAUAAAUCUGGACUUGCCUUGCCGGACAGCUUUCACCCCACAAGUGAGCUCCAGGUAGAAGCAAUCGGAUACGACACGAACCAGGCACUCAGUGGCAGGAAAAAAUUGGAGAAUAUCUCUGUGUUCCGCGUGGAAUCCGGCGAACCUGUACAAGAGAAGUACACUUCUCUCCGCCUCAAGCGCAGUUCCAACUCGUGCGCGUUGGUGCGCUCAUCUGACCCCCAUCAAAAUGCUCUGAUUUCAACCAUCUACCGCUGGGGUCCGGGAAGACAUCCCAGAAUGCGCAUUUUCCCCCACAAUGUUACUGUUUCGGUGGAGCAAGCCAUCAACGACGACGUCUACUCAUCUGGAGAAAUGAUUGAAGUUCAUAGCCGGUCGUUGGUUAGCCGUGGGCAGGUAUUCGACACGUCAAUGGGAAAAUUCGAGUGGCGCUACGGCAGUCGCGAAGAAAGAAGGGCCUGCAAUGCAGAUUCACUGCUUAUUCUCGAACGCAUGGAUCGCAGUGUUUCGGCGGACGGCACCCAGAUGAAUGGCGGCGCCAGGGUCGCCCAGCUGAUCCGAAAUGAUCAAUUUCGAACUCGAGGCUCGGUGAGAUACUCUGGGGGCAAUGGUGGUCGCUUGAUGAUGGAUUUGCGUAUGUGGCAGGACGAAAAGCACGUCGAUACGGAAGGUGUGGAGGCCUUUGUUGUCGCGAGUUGUAUCCUGAUGCUGAAGAGGGAGGCGGAUCGUUUCAUCGACAACAACAUCGCUGCUGUUUCAUAG